AUGGCCGCGUUCGCGCGCUACGUCUCGCGCACUUCCACCCAGAUGGGCCGCGGACUCGGCGGCGCAUUGAUGCCCAGCGUCGGCUUCCGCCAGGCCGCCUGCGCCUCGCGAAAGGACUCCAGGAGGGCUUUCGGGGGCAGGGGAUUCUUCCCCAUCAGCGCGCUCGCUGUCGGCGACAAGUUGCCGUCAUCCACGUUCAACUACUUCGACGUGGAGGGCAACAUGCAGGAGAUCACAACAGAGGAGCUCUGCAAGGGCAAGAAGGUUGUGCUUUUUGCUGUUCCUGGUGCCUUCACACCCACCUGCAGUUUGAAGCACCUGCCUGGCUUCAUCGAAAAGGCAGAUGACCUGAAAGCCAAGGGAGUGGAUGCCAUUGGUUGUGUGGCUGUGAAUGACGCCUUUGUGAUGGACGCCUGGGGAAAGUCUGUGGGCAGUGGAGACAAGGUCAUGAUGUUGGCCGAUGGGAGCGCGUUGUUUGCAAAGGCCAUUGGUGUGGAGCUUGAUCUCACAGACAAGGGCCUGGGCAUGCGGUCUAGGCGAUAUGCGAUGCUCGUCGACGACAUGGAGGUCAAGGUCCUCAACCUCGAGGAGGGUGGAGCCUUCACAGUGAGCAGUGCAGAAGAGAUCUUGGGGGCCUUGUGA